UUCCCCUGAGGAUAAUGGCUGUUAACCACCGCGAGUUGAGUUGGGACGACAUUUCUCUCACCAACAAGCUGCUUGGAUCAGGAAAUUUUGGAGAGGUCCGUAAGGGAACCGUCAACCUGGAUGGUGAAAGGAUACCGUCAGCAAUUAAAGUACUGAAACGAGGAGCAGAUGAAGCUGCCAGACAAGACUUUCAGCAGGAAGUGGACAUCAUGCGCCAUGCUGGUUACCAUCCUAACAUCAUCAACCUGCUGGGAACCUGUGAACACCAAGGUAACGUAGUCCGUGUCCAUAGACAACAGUACAUGGCCCUAGAAAUGGCCGGGAAUGGCGAUCUGAAGAAUUACUUGCGAAAGUCUCGUGUUCUGGAAGUGAAGGAUCCCGCCUAUGCCAACACCCGUCAGACUGUCAGCACGGUGUCCUCCCUGUCACCUGUCCAGCUCCUGCGUAUCGCGUGUGACGUAGCUACGGGGAUGGAACACCUGUCUUCUAAGGACGUGAUCCACCGUGACCUGGCGGCUAGGAAUGUUCUCCUCACGGACAGUCUCAUCGCCAAGGUAGCCGACUUCGGACUGUCACGUGGGGAGGGCAUCUAUGAACAAACAUCUAAAAAGGCUGUUCCUUUCCGAUCCACCGCGCUAGAGGCGCUGAGCAGGAGGAUCUACACAACACAGAGUGACGUGUGGUCCUUCGGAAUUCUACUCUGGGAGAUCGUCACGUUAGGAGGAACCCCGUACAGUGGAAUGAAUUCAAGAACCCUUCUCAGGAGUCUGCGUGAAGGAUACAGGCUGCCAAAGCCAAGAAACUGCGAUGAAGACCUGUAUGUGUAUUUCAGUCUUUUACCUACCUGUGUACUAUAA